AUGGGUGUUUCCAGUACUUUGAGAUUGAUCCCCCAUCUUCUGAUGAUUGGGCUAGCAGCUAGUGUCAACAUCACAGUAGGAUCCAAAGGAAACACCACCAGUUCCCUGCAAUAUGGCAUCAUGUUUGAGGAGAUCAAUCACAGCGGCGACGGGGGUUUGUAUGCAGAGUUGAUUCGGAAUCGAGCCUUUCAGAACAAGAGUCUGGAGGCCUAUACUCCUGUCAACGAGGCAUCUCUCUCUGUCACUCAAAGCAGCAAUCCAUUAUCCAGUGCGCUGCCUUACAACCUGCACGUCGCCCGACCUGAAAAUCGCUCGGGCCUUAUAGGUUUUGCAAAUCACGGCUGGUGGGGAAUCUCUGUCAAACCUCAGCGAUAUACAGGCUCUUUUUUUGUGAGGGGUGACUAUUCGGGAGACUUCACCGUAUCUCUUCAGUCAACCUUGUCAAGUCAGACAUUCGCAAGCGUCCAUGUUCGGUCAAGAAGCACUGCCCAUGUCUGGACUAAGCAUCAAUUUAGUUUCACUACUCGACAAGCCGCUUCAAAUACCAACAACAGCUUCUCGAUCACAUUCGACGCGGAAGCAGUAGCUGGGGGAUCAUUAGAUUUCAACUUGAUCAGCCUGUUCCCGCCGACGUAUAAGAAUCGCGCAAAUGGCCUACGAAAGGAUCUCGUCGAGGCGAUCGCCGACCUGAAACCUAGCUUUCUCCGAUUUCCUGGCGGAGGCAACAUCGAUGGUAUUCUUCCAAACACCCAGUAUAAAUGGCAGGAGACCCUGGGUCCAAUUCCCUACCGACCAGGCCGAGAUGCGGUCUGGGGGUACUAUGAAACAGAUGGCCUGGGAUUGGCUGAGUUUCUUCAGCUAUGUGAGGAUCUUGAGAUUGCACCCGUCCUUGCGGUCUGGUCUGGCCUAAACUAUGUCAGUGGACCACUCACAGCAGAAGAACUGGAACCCGUUGUCCAGGACACUCUCAACGAGCUUGAAUUCUUGACAGGUUCAGUUGAAACGACAUGGGGUGCACACCGUGCAUCUCUCGGUUUUCCAAAGCCCUGGAAAGUGCAAUAUGUGGAAGUUGGCAAUGAAGACCACCUAACUGGGGGGCUCGAAUCUUAUCAGUCCUACCGUCUUCGCAUGUUUUACGAUGCCAUUAAAGAGAGGUUCCCGGACAUCACCAUUAUCGCAUCAGCAUCAGAGCUAUCGAUGAACUUGACACAUGCAGAUAUGGGCGGUGACUUUCACAUCUACGACACACCCGAUGGCUUUGUCAAGCAGUCUGGACGCUUUGAUCACAUCCAGCAUCAAACCUUGAUCGGCGAAUUCGCGUGCACUUUUCCAAAUAAUCCCGACGGGCUUCCCUCCAGGGACAAAUACGUCACCUAUCCGUUCUGGAUCGGUUCUGUUGCCGAAGCCGUCUUUCUUUUAGGAGCGGAGAGGAACUCAGACAGAGUGAUCGGGGCAGCCUAUGCUCCAAUGCUGGCCCAUUUAGAAGAGUCGCAAUGGGUACCCACUUUGCUGACAUUCACGGCCGAUCCGGAACAGACCACUCGGUCCACCAGCUACCACGUCACAAGACUUUUAGCCUCCAACACCAUGACGCACACCUUGUCUGCCGGAUCGGACACUGAUUUUGGACCUUUGCACUAUGUGACUGGUUAUGACAAGCGGUCCCACUCCUACUUGUUCAAAGCAGCCGUCUACAACAGUUCGGAUGAUGUUCCUGUCUCGAUCAAAUUUCCUGAUAUGCCGAGCGGAGUACGAGCGGAGCUUACUUUGCUUACUGCCGACGCUCCAGAAUCCUCCAAUGCAGUUGGCGGUCCCGAGAUCGUUACCACUUCAGUUUCGAGUGUUGAGGCAGGACCCGGUGGCUACUUCAACUUCAAACUCCCAGAUUUGAGUGUUGCUGUCCUGAGGGUCAGCAUGUGUGGGAGCAAUUAG